UUGGAAAUAGCGCCUGUGUUGCUAGUCGGCGGUUUGUUAGCUAUUUUACUGCUAGUUGUAAUUUUCUGGAUUAUUUAUUUACAAACUUUAAAAAGGUGACACUUUAAUGGACUUGCGCGGAUUAUGACCAAGGAAAGAGUGCACCAGAAGACGCAUUUAAUAUAUUUAACAUUAAUAAAUCCGUCACACAGUAAGGAUGCGUGACCUGGCAGCUCAGGUGACCAGCGGUCUGCUGCAUUUUCCUGCAGUGACGGUGGAAGCUUUAGGAGAAGAUGAAGUGACUCUGGACUCAGUGCUUCAUGGGAAAUUCACGGCAGGUCGCAGUGUCUUGGUGUGGCUGGCGUGUGGGCCGCACUUGGAAGUGGUUCACGCAGCCACAGGUGAGAGGUUCUCUGCAUAUCGCUUCAGUGGUGUGACAGAUCACCUGCAACCGUGUGUGACGGCGGUGAGAGAGUUCAGCUGGCUGAAGCGCAGUGGGCUGCUGGUGGGUCUGCAGGAGGAUGAGAGCAGCAUGCUGUGUCUCUACGACCUUGGAAUCUCGCGCGUCAUUAAAGCCGUCGUCAUUCCGAACAGGAUCACUGCAAUCGAGCCUCUGGUGAGUUACGGAGGAGCGAGUACGAGCACGCAGCACCUGCACCAGAGCCUGCGCUGGUUUUUUGGUGUGAUUGCCGUGGUAACAGAUGUUGGCCACAUCCUGUUGGUGGAUCUGUGUUUAGAUGAUUUCUCCUGCACUCAGACUGAACUGGAGGCCUCAGAUCUGGAGGUGGUGAAUAAAUGUCCGUCUGAUAUUCCACGUCUGAGAGAGGGAGUCACUCAACAAGGACGCCACCUUUGUCUCCAGCUGUGCAGCCCCACAGGGAUCGGGGUCUCAGCUCUACACUUCAUCAGCCGCACUAAUCAGCUGGCUGUGGGCUUCACCGAUGGCUUCCUGCAGCUCUGGAACAUGAAGACUCUCAAGAAAGAAUAUCACUCUCAGCUGGAGGGGGGCAGAGUCCCUGUGUAUGCCUUUAACUUCCAGGAGCCAGAGAAUGACCCGAGGAACUGCUGUUACCUGUGGGCUGUUCAGUCAGCUCAGGAUCUUGAGGGUGAUGUAGUCAGCCUCCAUCUACUGCAGCUGGCGUUUGGGGAGAGGAAGUGUUCAGCAUCAGGGAAAAUAGUCUAUGAGGGUCUGGAGUACUGUGAGGAGCGUUACAGUCAGGAUCUGAGUGGUGGUGUGUUUCCUCUAAGAGCUCAGGCCACACACACUCGCCUGCUCAGCUCCCAGACCAUUGAGAAGUUCCGCCAUCAUCCUGACAGAGAGGACAGUGUUAAUGAAGUGGCGUCUCCUGAUACGAGUGUGUUGGUGUUCAGCUGGCAGGUGAAGGCGUACGGACAGGGUCAACCUUCCACCUUCAUCGGAGUGUUUGAUAUUAACAGAUGGUAUCACGCACAAAUGCCUGAUUCACUGAGGGCGGGUGAGUCUCUACAGAACUGUCCCUAUCUGGCUGUGUGGUCUCUGGAUUCUGUGGUGGAGGUGACUCAGUCCUGCCCCCUGCUGGACAUGGUGGUUUAUGAGCGCAGUCUCAGUAGAGCACUGCCCCACACCUGCCCUCCUCCGGAGCAGUUUUACAACCCUAACACAUACAACUUUGAUGCAAGCUGUCUGUUCAAUGCUGGAAUAGUCCACUUCACUUGCUCUGGCUAUCAGAAAGAGACUCUGAGUUAUCUGAAGAAAGCCGUGUUGAGUCUGAGUGAUGGGAUUUCUAAUGGAUUUUCCCAGUGCCUGAUGUCUGGCUUGCUGUCCUCUCGGCUCACGGACGUUCAGCCGUCCAGCCUGUCUGAGCAGGAGCAGCUGGACGCCAUUCUAACCACCGCAGUGGAGACCAGCGCUUUGGGUCUGAUCACUGGCUGCAUUAAAAAGUGGAUCAGUGACGAGCAGGUCGGUUCUGCAGCACAUCUGCGCUACAUCCUGGAGUGGGCCUGGGACAAGGUGGUCAACACCAAACAGGAUCUGGACGGCAUAUGUGCUCCGUUAUUCGACAGCUCGUCUAAUUUUAUUGAUCCUCAAACGCUGCAGCUUCUCCAACACAGUCAGAGACUACUGAGUAACCUCUGUACCAUCCUGCACUGUCUGCUGAUGGAGGCUCAGGAGCUCACACAGAGAGGUGUAUUCGGCCUGGUGAAUAAGUGCAUGGUGUCGAGUCUGAUCUCUCAGUAUGCUCAGGUGGUCCUGUGGUUCUGCCGCACUGGUCUCCUCCCAGAGAGUGCUGAUGAUGAUGUGCUGCAGAUAUCAAGACCUUUUUACAGUUUCUCUGUGAUAAAGAAUUAUUACUUGGGUCAGAGGGAGGAGCUGCACAGACUUGCCAAGGAUAAGUGGAAUGCUGACUGUCUGAUGAUCGAUGGCCUGGUGGCUCAGUGUGGUGAGCGUCUCUCAGACCUGUGGCAGAGAGACGAGGGUGGGACGGGGCAGUACCCUCCUCCAUCACUACACGCUCUGCUGGACUUGUACCUUCUGGAAAAUGUUGAAGAAUCUACCAAACAUGCCAUUGUGAUUUAUUUGCUCCUGGAUGUGAUGUACUCGCUACCGAAUAAGAGCGGAGCUUCAGUGGAAUCUUUUCCCACAGCUUUCUCCAUCCCCAUCGGCUUAGUGAAGCUUGUACAGGGCCUGUGGUUACUCGAUCACCACGACCAUGAGAACGCUCUGGAUCUUCUCCUCCACCCAUCGGUCUCUUCGUGUGUGUGGGCAUGGCAGCACUCUCGGGUUCUGCAGGCUCUGAUGAUUCAGAACAAACACAGCACAGCACUGCACUACCUGCACAUGAUGAAGCCCUCCAUCACCUCCACCCCCCUCACCAAGCUGUGUGUGUCUGUACUGUUGCACAACAGGUGUUUAGUGGAGGCCUGGACCUUGUUGAGGCAGCAGGUUAAUAAACUGUGUAUGGACGAGCUGCUCAGAUUUUUCUAUGAGAUGUGUCAGGAGCUGGGAUUAAUGAAGGAGCUCCUCAAGCUACCCCUCCGACCUGCUGAACAGGAGUGUUUAGAGCGCUUCCUGCAGGAAACAGGAGGGUUUCAGAACAGAGAGCUCCUGAUGGUUCACCAUCUCCAGCAGGCCAACUAUGUUCCUGCACUGCAGAUCAACCACAUGCUGAAGAUGAACCUGGCUGGUGAUCGAGAUCCUAAGAUGAAGGAAAGAUCAAACACCAGGAACUCCAUCAUGAGUCAGUAUGGGAAGGUGUUACCACGUGCUCAGCGGAAGCUGGCAAUGGACCGUGCCAAGCCGUACCAGCACCCGUCCACCAUCCUCACAGAGGUUACGAGGCCUCAGCCGUUAUCCACUGUGGCUAAACGCUCCACUAAUGAGAAGGUCCUGAGCAGAGCAGCGUUCAUUAAAACUGUCCUCACAAAGAUUGAGGAGGUGUGGAUUGGAAAGGAUACUACACCUGAACCCUCCCCUCUCAAGAGCCCUAAAGCCCCUGAUGCUCUGGUGUCCAGUCCCAAACCCACAACCUUACAUAUCCAUGAGGCGUUUGUAGGAACACCCAUUAACAUGCUGACUAAAAGGGUGUCCAGACUCUUAGAUCUGGCAGUGCAGCCGACGUCCCAGAUGACCCCAGAACAGUCUCACACUCCUGUGACUCCGCACGUAUCCAGCAGCUCCUGGGCUGCACCUAAACACAUCAGCAGGGCUCCUGAACUCAGUCUCUUACACACGCCACAAGUAGUGAAGAGAGCUCGAGCUUUAGCUGCUUCUGCUCCAGUUUUCUCCUCCUUCACCCCUCAAUCCAUCCUAAGGAGCAGCCUUCGCCCCACUCCUAUAGCCACGCCCACUGCUUCACCUGCCCGAUCAGCCACACCCCCCUUACGUCCCAAAGAGAGUCGCAUCACUUUCAUGGAGGAAAUUCAAUCUCCAGAUGUGCCUAAGAGUUCCUCCCUGCACUGGGGCAACGGGCUCACUGCAGUUGAAGUUAGCGAGCUGAAGUGCCCACACCUGCCACCGGAGGGCGGAGUCGAGGGAUGGAGUGAACAUUCCGGUGAAGAAGAGGAGGAUAUAAAAGAACCCAGUGCAACAGUCCUGCCUUCAUUAAAACAGAAAUUGAGCCUCGAGUCAGAGGAAAUGAAUGAAGUUUUUACCCCGCUAGAGCCCAUCCCCAGUCUGGGGCAUGACACAAGUGCACUCUCGGUCCAAUCAGAUGCCACUCCUGAGUUCCACAAAGCUCCUUGUCCAGCUGAUGAGAUCAGACCUGCACAGCAAUCACAUAACCGGCCGGAUGAAGAUGAUGAAGUCAUGGUCACACAGCCAGAGACAGACACCUCCACCAGGAUGUUUUCUGCUGAAGAGCCGAUUGUAUAUCAGGAAACGGGACGUGAGGAGAAAGUUGUGACAUUUGAGCUGCAGCCAAAAGAACAACAUGAAAAAGAUGAUGCUGAGAAAAGGCUCAAGGAAUCUGCUGCAGAAAGAGAAGUGCAGAACGUUCCAGUUGUUUCAGGCGCUUCACUAGAGGAGUCAAAUCAGGAUGAUUCAGUGUACCAUGAGACAGCUUUAGUACCACGUGGACCAAUCAGAACCUCUGUAAGGUCUGAGAUGAUGAUGAUGAUCAGAGAGGAGAUGAAGGACUCUGAGCCAGCUCCAGCUCCACCAUCAAUCACUGCUGAUGCUUUCACUGUGGAGGAGAUGAUCAGAGAUCAUCCCAAAGACUCAGCUGAACACACAGAGGGAACUAAUGAGCCAAUCAGUGAGCUUCCUACUGUUAAUGAAGAGCUGAAGGACAAACCCGAGGCCAUGGAGACCUCAGAUCUGGACGAGUUUGUGGAGCGUGAAUUAUUCUGUGAUCUCUCUCCUCCACACCUCCCCCCCAACAGUAAAGAGAGUUCAGCGUCCAUCAGUGCUCCAUGUGGGUGUGUUAAAGAUGUUGGAGCUGAGGAUGAUGCACAGAAAGAUGUCGCGUCAUCUGAAGCUGCGACCUCCGAGUCACCAUCUGUAGUCAGUCUGAACGACACAGAGGAACUCUCCAGCACUGAGGAGGAGGAGGAGGAGAUUGGGGAGGAAGAGGAUGUAGAAGAUGAGGAGGAGGAGGAAGACUCUGGCAGUGAGGUGGAAAUUAUAGAGGAAGUUAAAGGAAACGGGACACAGCAGAGCCUUUACCUGCAGGACCUCCUACCUGAGGAGCAGUUCCUUGAGGAGCAGGAAGCAGCUGUGUUGAGCCUCGUCACUGACCCACAGCUGAAGGUGAUGGAUGGCUCUGAGGAAGAGGACGGUCAGGUUAUGGUGGUUGGACUGAGACCUGCAAGCCUGACUGAUGAAGUUGAUGUGUGCUACACCGAGCUGAAGCCUUCCACCACCCUGCUUGUUCCUAUCGAGCUGGCUGCUGAGCAUCAGGAGCUUCUGCAAAGGGCCGAGCUGCCAGAGGUCACACUUCCUGUUGGCUCCAAUAACUUCUCCCUCAUGCUGGAGGCAGAUGAUGAAGAACCAGCAGCUUUAGAAAUGGAUCACGAGAACGUCCUCACUCUAAAAGGGAACACAGAGCAUGCUGGAGAUCUGGAAGAAGAACCAAAUGUUAACCGGAAUGCCGUUAGUGUGGUACAUGAUGUUCAGGAACCUGAGGAAAUGUUUCAAAUUGAGGAGAUGCCUUCAGAAACAGUUGUACCAGAUGUUGUGGAACCUCAUAAACCAAUAGAGGUUAAGGAACAGGAAAUGACUAAACUGGAACCAAACACAGAACUCCAAAGUGAUGAACCUGCUGGAGAAGUUCAAACACAGUCAAAGUCAGAAGCAGUAGAAACUCCUGAACCACUUAAAGAAGAUGAAUUUGAUGAACCAGCAGAUGAAGUUCAAGCAGAGCAGACAGACAAGAAUAGGCCAGAUUUUGAUCCUGAGGAUGAAGCUCAAACAGCACAGGAAUCCAAGGAGAAGCCAUUGGAACAUGCAGAGGAACCUGUGAAGGAACAUGUGACUAUAGAAGCAUUUGAUGAAGCUGAUGUUUGUGUCAGCAAUCAGCUUCAUGAUUCUGGUUUGACGGCAGCCAUAGAGGAUGGUUUCACCCAUCAUGAGAAAAUACCUGAUGAGAUUAUUACAGAAGUUUGUGAAAUGGUUCCUGUAGCUGAAGAGUAUGUUUCUGAUGCUCAUGAAGCUGAGCAGGAAGAUACUAAGCUUAAGGAAGCCAUAGAAGCCACAGCUAAACUGAAGGAAGUCCAUCAAAGCCCAGCAAGAAGAGGAAGGAUGACAGUUAUGUGUCCAGUAACCAUGAUGGAAUCUGAGAAAGAAGCUUCUGAAGAGGAUCAAAGUGAAUCAAACGUACCUUACACACCGAGACGUGUAACAAGGAGCAGCAAGCAGCUGGUGGUGGAGCCUGAAGUUCUCAUCACACCAAGGAGAAGCACAAGAAAAACAGAUCCUGAAGUCAUGGUGGAGAAGGUGCCAUCAACAAAAGCAACUCCAUCACGCAAGACUCCACAGAAAGCUACACCCAGGAGAGGUUCUCGCAGUACAAGGAUCUCCAGUGCAACUGAUGUUCAGAAUAUGGAGGAAAACUCAGUUGUUGAACAUCUGAGUGCAAGAAAGUCUAGAAAAGUAGGUGCAACAAUCGGGGUUCCAGAGCCGAUUCCUGAGGAGAAAUCUGUGGAACAUCAAGCUAACGUUAAUGCUAGUCCUAGCAGGGUAACUCGCCAGUCAAGCAGAAGGCUGAGCUUAACCCUGGAGAGCUUCAACAUGGUUUCAGAUGUCCAGAACACAGCUUUAGUCACACCACCGAGGAGCAGAAGGAAAACCAAAAGCACUACAGAGGAAAAACCAAACAACGACACGUACGUAGUCGACGGCGCACAACUUCAGAACGUUUCCAGACGACUGACGAGGAGCCGACACUGGAAUAACGGCGAGGAACCAGAGAAACCAGAGAACUUGGAAUCCGCCAAUCUGUUGGAGAAUGCUUUGCUAGAGAGACUGAAUAAUGAAGCUAAGGAGUGUGAAGUGGUAACUGAGAUAGUCCGAGCCAAACGGCGGCCCAGAUCUGUAGCUCCAUCUGUGGAACAUGAAGACCAGAGUGCUGAAGCUCAGGAGUCACUGCUUUCUACUGAACAGCAGCAGAACAAAUCUGCACCAUCUGUUAGAAGAACGAGAGCCAGCAGAGCACCAAAAGCCGAGACCUCACCUGUUAGUGACCCCACAUCUGGAGCUGAGAGAGCGAGAGGACCCUUAAAACAUCUCCCUGUGUCUCCUCCUCUGACUCGAACGAGACGAGCAACCACCGUCACUGGCAGUAACUUUGAGGAAAAGAUUUUCUCAGAUGACGCUGCGGUGGAAGUUAAAGCAGAAGAUAAAAGGAGAAAGAAGAGAAUGACCAAAGCGAGAGCCGAACCUGAACCCAUGAUGGUGGACCUCCUGUCUCCUGUGGCGAGUCCAGCACAAGCGGUCCAGAGGAAGACGUCGUCUCCAGAAAGGGAAGCAGCUGCUCCAAAGAUGAACCUGAGGCGGAGACGCAUGAUGGAGGCCAUUUUCCCCAAACCGGUCACACGCAGGAAGAAACUUUAACACUGAUAAACCAUCUUCACCUUCAUCAUCAUCAUCUUCACAAGAGUUUUAUUUUCCCCUCCAGCUUCCUCUGUGUGUGUGUGUGUGUGUGUGUGUGUGUGUGUACAGUAAACAACCUGAUUUGUACCAGGACUUUUUGCUGCCUGCUGUUUUCUAAUUAAGGAACUGAUUUUUGAUGAAUAAAUCGAGCUCUAAUUUGAGUUUUAUAUAAAGUAAAUAAAUAAAUAAAUAAAUAAAGGUUUGCCUGACGUUUACAGUCCAGUGCAAUGAGGGAAACAAAACGACACACAAGUCUUAAGUUUUAAAAACCUGCAUUUCUACAAAUGUAAAUAGUCUUUUAGGGACGUUCUCAAUAAAAUUUGAUGCCUGUGA